AUGGAGCUUAAUUUUAAGCACCAACUUGGCCUUCUCUGUGUCACACUGCUCUUACCUGCUCUGUGCACCUCUCAGGACUCUUUUACUUGCUCCAGAGCAACCUAUUAUGGUAGCCCAGAUUGUUACGGAAAUUCAAGGGGAGCUUGUGGUUUUGGCGAAUAUGGAAAAACAGUAAACGAUGGCAGUGUCGCAGGCGUGUCUUGGCUAUGGAAGAAUGGUUCUGGCUGUGGGGCAUGUUAUCAGGUUAGGUGCAAAAUACCACAAUUCUGCGAUGAGUAUGGAGCAUACGUAGUGGUGACAGAUUAUGGUGAGGGAGACAGAACAGACUUUAUAAUGAGCUCACGUGGCUACUCAAAAUUGGGGAGAAACACCGAUGCAUCUGCAGAGCUAUUCAAAUACGGUGUAGUGGAUGUAGAAUACAGAAGGGUCCCCUGUAGAUACGGUGGGUAUAACCUCUUGAUUAAGGUUCAUGAACACAGCAGAAACCCUCACUACUUGGCCAUUCUCAUUCUCUAUCAUGGUGGAACUUACGACGUCACUGCUGUUGAGUUGUGGCAGGAAGAGUGCCAAGAGUGGAGGCGAAUGCGUAGGGCAUUUGGGACUGUGUUUGACGCUGAGAACCCACCAAGGGGUGACAUCAAGUUGAGGUUCCAAUUGAGUGGUAAUGCAGAGCAGUAUUGGGUGCAAUCCAAGAAUGUUAUCUCUGGCAAUUGGGAGGCUGGAGCUGUUUAUGACUCAGAAGUUCAGCUUGGUUAA